AUGGAUGCUGCUCCGGCGACAUUGGCGGCUGCAGUUGCCGUCGUCCUUGCGGUUGUAGCAUCGGUCCCCGUACUGCUCCGUAUCCUCUCUGCCAGCGCCGGCGGCAAGAAGACGAAUCCGAAAGCACCCCUACCUCCGGGCUCAUUCGGUCUGCCUUUCAUCGGGCAGACGCUGAGCCUGUUGUACGGGCCCGUGUCGCGGUUGCGCCUCUUUGGCUGUCCGACGGCCUUCCUUGUCGGCACCUCCGCCAACAAGUUCAUCUUCACCAGCGCCGGGGUGACCGCCAAGACCCCCGAGUCCUUCGCCCGGAUGGUGGGCCGCCGGACGAUCAGGGACGUGGUCGGCGACGAGCACCGCCGCGUCAGGGCCAUGAUGGUGCAGUUCCUCAGGGUGGACGCCGUCAAGAGGCACGUCGCCAGCAUGGACGGCGAGGUCCGGCGCCACCUCGACGCCGAGUGGCGCGGCCGGGGCACCGUGGCCGUGAUGCCGUCUAUGAAGUCGCUCACCUUCGACGUCAUGUGCACGGCCAUCUUCGGCCUCGGGACGGGCGCCGUCCGCCGGGAGCUCUGGACGGAGUUCCAGGAGCUGGUGAGGGGCAUCUGGGCGGUCCCGGUGAGCCUGCCCUUCUCCACAUACAGCCGGUGCCUCGCUGCGAGCCAGCGUGGGCGGCGUGCCGUCGCCGGGGUCAUCCAGGAGAGGAGGUCCAAGCUGGAGCGCGGGGAGAGCUCGCCGGCCAGCGACGUUGUCAACCUCAUGCUUGCGGAGGGCCUGCCCGACGAGGAGAUCAUCGACAACGUCAUGUUUCUCAUGGUCGCCGCGCACGACACCACCGCCGCCCUCCUCGCCUUCCUCAUCCGGCAGCUCGAUGCCGACAAGGACGCCUACGACAAAGUUGUCCAAGAGCAAGAAGAGAUCGCGCGGAGCAAGGCGGCUGGGGAGGCUCUGUCGUGGGAGGACCUCGGCAGGAUGCGGUACACCUGGGCGGCGGCGCUGGAGACGCUGCGGAUGGUGCCUCCGGUGUUCACCAUGAUGAGGAAAACGGUGGACGACGUCGAGUACGGCGGCUACCUGAUACCCAAGGACUGGCAGGUGAUCCACGCGGCCAACAUGACGCAGUGGGACCCGGCCAUCUUUCCGGAGCCCGGCAGGUUCGACCCGGCUCGGUUUGAGAACCCGUCGGCGGUGCCGCCCUUCGCCUUCGUGCCCUUCGGCGGCGGCGCACGCGUCUGCCCCGGGAACGAGUUCGCCAGGGUCGAGACGCUGGUGGCCGUGCACUACAUCGUGACGCGAUUCAGGUGGAAGCUCGCCGCCGGCUGCGACCGCGUUCUCCAGAUUCCCGCUGCCGUACCCGUUUGA